AUGUGCUCCACGUUGGCUGUGGAGAAUCUCCUUGCUGGUGCCGGCCAGGCUCAGGAGGUUCGUGGCGAGGAGAUAGCCUCCAUGACGAAGGCUCCCAUCGCCCCAGUCAGCGAAAAUUCCCGACAGAUGGGAGGUGCAGUAUGGACAUGUGCAGGAAUCCGACCAGAAGCUUCAAGAAUCCGAAUCAGGGUUGUUCACGUGAUUCAAGAGGUCUGCUGGAAGCAGGCAAACCUGGGUGACACCAGAAGACUCCUGGUGCGACCCUUGUUGUCCCAGCAACAACCCGGAUGCCAUCUGUCAUUACACGACCAGCUUCAAAACGCAGCGUCCUGCAGCAUACAGCUGGCACUUCAACGACUGUGGUCCUUGAAUGGCUUUACCAUGCGGUUCCCUAGUGUCGACUUCCCGCGACAUUAG